AAGGAAAGAGAGGCUGCAGAAAGCUGUCUGUGUACGCUGAACCAGAGAGGAGAUGAUAAACAACAACAACAAUAUAAACUCUCAGCUUCAAUCUGUCCAUUGCAGCUUUCUAACAUAACAACAAAAUCGCCCUGAACGUGUAAACCAACCGGACGUGGUUCUAGUCCGUUAAUUUAUUUUCUUUUACAAGUUGUUGGGAACUUUUUUCUCUUUCCUGUUGCCGGAGUUUUGGAGUUUCCAGUCCGACUGCAUUGCAACCGAACCUCGCUGCAGUUUUCGCUGAUUUUUCCGCCGCAGAAACAAGAAGAAAAGCAGCCAGAAGGAGCAGAGAGAGUCCGUGUGCAGGGAAUCAUGGAGAUCCUGGACAGUAGUGAACCGUUUCUGCACUGGGACAGGAACCUGAGCGAGCUGUCUGAGGCUGGAGAGAUCGACUGUGUGCUCUACACCAAUCACUUCUCUGAGCUCCUGGACGACCUCUCCCAGGACGCUCUGCUGGGCCAGCUGCUCAGCGACCCCUUCCUGUCCGGAGUGCGAGGAGGAGGAGUGGAGGCCAUGGAGGGGGAGGACGGGAGCGACCUGUCCCCGUCCUCCCCUCUCCCCCCGCACAUCACCGCCGAGCACAGCUACUCGCUCUGCGGGGACAGCCGGCCUCAGUCGCCGCUGUCGCACCUGACCGGAGAGCAGGGCAGCGACGCAGAAUCUGAUGGAGAUUCAGCCGACUGGCCGAUGGAGCAGGAGGACGCCAUCGACAGCCUCCUGUGUGAGACUCCCUCCCUCCUCCCGGCCCUCUCCCUCUCUCUGGCCUCCAGCGAGGCUCCUCAGGCUCCUGAGGGCCCCGCUGUGGCCCCCGCCGCUGCUGCUGCUGCUGCCCCCGCGGCCCCACCGCAGACCACAGUCAGCAGCCACAACCAGAAAGGCUUCAAGAUUAAAGAGGAGAACAUCAUCCCUCAGAUUAAACUGGAGCCUCAUGAAGUGGACCAGUUCCUCAAUCUUUCCCCUAAAGGUCUGGAGGUGCUGCAGAUGCCUCCCACUCCUCCCAGCUCCCACGGCAGUGACUCUGAGGGCAGCCAGAGUCCAGUCCACGCCCCGCCCGGCCUCUCCUGCCCCACCUCCCCCACCAGCCCCGCCCCCUCCCAGGCCGGCCUCAAGGUGUCUCCCCGCGCCGCCUCCUCCCUCUCCAACUCCCCGCUGCUCACCGCCGCUCACAAGCUGCAGGGCUCGGGCCCGUUGAUGCUGACGGAGGAGGAGCGCCGUACGCUGGUGGCUGAAGGUUACCCCGUCCCCACUAAGCUGCCGCUCACCAAAGCCGAGGAGAAGGCGCUGAAGAAGAUCCGCAGGAAGAUCAAAAACAAGAUUUCUGCUCAGGAGAGUCGCAGGAAGAAGAAAGAGUACAUGGACGCUCUGGAGAAGAAGGUGGAGACCUGCUCCAACGAGAACAACGAGCUGCGCAGGAAAGUGGAAACUCUGGAGUGCACAAACAAGUCUCUGUUACAGCAGCUGCAGUCUCUGCAGGCGGUGGUGGCCGGCAAAGUCCCCAAGUCCUGCAGGAUGGCAGGCACCCAGACAUCAUCAUGUCUAAUGGUGGUCGUGUUGUGUUUCUCUCUGUUUUUGGGGAGUUUCUACCCCAGCAGUUUGUCUCCGUGCUCCACCGUCACUGAAACCGGCCUCACUUCCAAACAGCAGGCUGUCAAAGAGUCGUACACGACCACAGUGAAGUCGAGGAGUCUGUUAUCGACCUUCGAAGACGAGCAGCCACACCUCCUCGGCCUGGGCGGGGAAUAUCCCGACCAAUGGGAGGACACGCCAGCUGUCGUCAUGGCGACGUGGCGUCGCUCAGAGCAACAGAAAGUGGAAGAGGUGGUUGAGCCCACCAUGGUGGAGACACACCCGCCUUUCAGGAAUAAAAGCAACGAAACGCAGACGUCAAAAAACCUGCGACUGGACCUGCACAGGUCUCUGGAGCAGAGCAGCAGUAAAGUGAUAGAGCUGGAGCGAACGGUCAACGAGACCUCCUGAGGUUGAUGCCCCCCCCCCCC